CAGCCGUCGUGCGCAGAACAUUCGUGAAACAAACUGCGAGCGAUCACGUCGUCGAGCGACUAUAACCAGUGCUAUCAUAAUAAAUUUUAAAAAACCAAACGCAAAUAUGUCUGAGGCUUUCUUCGACGAGUACGACUACUACAACUUCGACCACGACAAGCACAUCUUCUCUGGACACAGUGGCAAGCAACGCACCAAGAAGGAGGUGAACGAGCACACCAACCACUUCGAUCCGUCCGGCCAUUCCAGAAAGAUCGUCACGAAGCUAGUCAACACUCAGAACAAUAAGAAGGCGAGCAAGCAUUAGACGUGAAUUUUAUGACUGACUAUGGCUAGUGUAAGGACUUUUGUUAUGCCGAGCGAACGGAGGAUGUUGUGGCGUAUCCCCGAGGAGUCUUCGGGAAGUCGCUUCUCUCAGAGAUCAAUGGAGCAUCCAAGACGGUUCAUGCUGACCCAAGCCUUCUACUUCGCUGGUUGUAACCACAGAACGCGAAGCACCUGUGAAGGCCACAGCUCAGCUGACCGGGAAGUAUAAUUAUAAAGUCUAAUUUUGGAUUCAACACCGUUCCAUGUUAAUGAUCUCAACUCUAACGGGCUUGUUGUAAAGCCCAAACUUGCUGUGUUAUUAUUCUUAGCUAGAUUAUUAUGCGUUUAAUUUGUACCUUAAGGUGCGAGACUGUUAUAAUAAUUUAAGAUAAUAAAGAUUUUAAUUUAUA